AUGCCUCGACUCGAAGAAACCAACGAACAGUUGACGCAGGCAGGAAAGAGAGCGAAAUUAAACGUGAGCCGCUUCUGGGAUGGGUUUUCAGACUUCAUAUUUCAGGACAAUGUUCUGGAAGUAGCCGUAGGCUUGAUUAUUGCAGCUGCAUUCACCACUGUCGUCAAGUCGUUUGUAUCAGACAUAAUCACCCCAAUACUGUCCCUUCUGCCUUUCAUUGACCGGAAUUUCAACGAGAAGUUUGCCGUUCUGAGGCGCGGCCCCGGCUAUCGCAAAUACCAUGGAUACAACACUGUUGAGUCUGCUCAAGACGAUGGAGCGGUCGUUAUGACCUACGGGUAUGUUGUUCGCACGUUUGCAGCGUUUCGCCUAAUGGGAAAGUGGCUCACCGGCUUACUAUAUUUCGAGCGUAGCAAGUUUGUCAACGAGGUCUUCAAUCUUCUCGGCAUCGGCUUAGCCUUGUACUUCAUUGCCAUGACGUACGGCUGGGCGGCCAAAGAUAACAUUAUAAAGCACACUGUCAAAUGCAAUGCUCAGUACUGUGCCAAACGUACCAUUUUCGAAGAGAUUCAAAUUAUGUCCGUGAAUGAUGAAAACGAUACUGCCCAAGGUGGGAUUCUUUACCCUAGACCGAAGGGAUCGAUAUCGACUGUGUCAUCAUCUGCUCUUAGUUCCAGCACCCAGCUCACUUCUAAUCCAAACCGCCUCAAUCUGCUGAAAACCGCCAUCCAAAACGUGAAUGAUGCAAAUACCAAAAGCUCCACGAUCGCAGUUGUCAAUACUAUCCCUCAGCCUCAGUGCCGUAGCUCGACUGUACCGCAACCUUCCUCGCCACCUAAGAAAGGAGAUAGAUCGUCAUCUUCGGCCAGAAAUUCAGACGAAAAUGUCAUACAGAGACUGUCAAACCCACCAGUUUACGAACAACCUCAGCCGAAAAAUUGGCACCUAGGCAUGUUCGAAAUAGGGAAACCGUUGGGAAAAGGCAAAUUUGGGAGAGUUUACCUAGCGAAAGAGAGGUCCACGGGUUUUGUGUGUGCACUGAAAGUGCUGCACAAAAGUGAACUACAACAAGGAAAAGUUGAGAAGCAGGUUCGAAGAGAAAUUGAGAUACACAGUAAUUUGCGGCACCCGAAUAUCCUUCGAUUCUAUGGUCAUUUCCACGAUAGCAAAAGGGUUUUCCUUAUUUUGGAGUACGCUGGAAAAGGAGAGUUGUACAAACAUUUGAGAAAAGCGAACAGAUUCCCCGAGGUGAAAGCAGCUCAAUACAUCGCUCAGAUGGCUGCAGCUCUCAAAUACCUGCAUAAGAAACAUGUUAUGCAUAGAGACAUUAAGCCAGAGAACAUCUUGGUUGGCAUACAUGACGAGAUAAAGAUUUCAGAUUUUGGCUGGAGUGUUCAUGCGCCCAAUAAUAGGAGGAACACAAUGUGUGGUACCUUGGACUAUCUCCCUCCAGAAAUGAUCAAACCAGGUAGCCAGGAAAACUUCUAUAACGAAAAGGUUGAUCUAUGGAGCCUAGGAGUCUUGACAUAUGAGUUCCUCGUGGGAGAAGCACCGUUCGAGGAUACGCCUGUUAUGACUCAACGAAGGAUAGCGAGAGGGGAGAUGACCGUACCAAAAUUUGUAAGCGGAGAGGCGAGGGAUCUGAUCGAGCGGCUUCUCGUCCUUGAUCCGGAUAAACGCCUUCAAUUAGGCGAGGUCCAGAAACACCCGUGGAUUGUGAAGCAUUGUACAGGUGAAAGGGCUGCCAAGCGGAAUUCAGGCCGAUAA